CAAUCAACGUACACACACCACUGGCUGUCUCGUCCCCCCGGGCACCCUCCGUGCUUCUCCGCACUUCCUCUCCCUCCUCGCGGUCAGGUUGGCGAAGAGGGACAGGUUAUGGGCAGAAGCUUGAAGGCAGACGGACAGACGGACAGACGGACAGACGGACAGACGGACAGACGGAUCGCUCAAGGCAUGCAUACGUACAUACAUUGAACACAUCACACUCUGUCUGUUUGUCUCAAUGAUGAUGUCCGUGGUGGUGGUCCCCUCCACUGAGGUCGAUGGAGACGACUUUGUCCGGGUUGAGGAUGUUGUUGGGGUCGAGGGUCUGCUUGAGCGUCUUCAUCAGCUCCACUGAGGGGCGCCCCAGCUCCUUCUCGAGGUACUUUUUCUUGCCCAGACCAAUGCCGUGCUCGCCCGUGCAGGUGCCCUCCAUCUCAAUCGCGCGAGCCACCUGCACAUACGUACACAUGAUCGAUGGAUGCCUCUCUCCUUCUCUAUGACCGUCCUCCGUGUGGUACCUACCAUUCUGUGGUUGAGUCUGUGUGCCUCCUCAUCUUCCUUGGGGUUGUCGGGGUCAAACAUGAUCACCACGUGGAAGUUGCUGUCGCCCACAUGACCUAUGACACACAGACCACAAGAAGGCAACAAGGAAGGUCGAUUCCGCCACAUUCAUUCAUUCGCACACUUGGUUGGCAUCUCUGUCUGUCCCUCCCUCCCUCCCUCCCUCCCUCUGACUGACCAACGAUGGGUGCGAACAGGAAUGACUCGUCAAGGUCCUUCUUGGUGGCCUCGACCAUCUCAGCAAGCCGCGAGAUGGGCACCGCCACGUCGGUCGCCAUCAGCUGACGCUCUGGCUCCAUCGACUGGGCCGCCCAAAACCUGCACGCACGCACAACAAACAGCACGUCGACGAAAGGCAGGUGGAGGUGUCCGUCCGUGCCCCUUGUUCGUUCCCUCCCUCCUUUGGCUGGCUUACGCGUGCUUGCGUGCGAACCACAUCUUGUCCCUGGCCUCGGCCUCUUUGCACCAGACGUACUCCUCCUUGGUGUACUGGCUGCAGAUGUUCUGCACCUCCUUGACGUCGUUCUCCACGGAGGCUUUCGACCCGGUGAACUUGAGGAGCAGCAUGGGCUUCUCGGGCAGCGUCAUGCCGGCGUAGUUGUUGACCGCCUUGACCAUCUCGUUGUCAAACAGCUCUAUCGCACCCAUCUGUCUCAACACACACACACGCGCGCACCUCCCUCCGUAUCUACCCGCACCAUACAUAGCCACACGCACGGACGACAGAUAGACGCACCUGUAUGCCCUUUUGGAGCAUUUUGAUGACUGCGUUGGUGGCGUCUUUGACCGAGUCGAAGCUCACGUAGGCGAUCUCCAUCUGAUAUGGGAUGUUGCGCAUCUUCAGGGUGGCCUGCACACACACACACACACACACACACACAGAGAGAGAGCAACCACACCACCCCCGUCAGUACUGUGCGCGUCAGCUGUCCGUCGUGUGCGUCUCCGGGCGGCCUAUCUACCUCGGUGACGACUCCGAGUGUGCCUUCCGAGCCGACGAACAGGCGGGCGAGGUCGUAGCCAGCACUGCUCUUCCGCGCUCGCUGACCCGUCUUAAGAACCUGCAUGCCAUGCAUCAAGCAAGAACGAAACAUAAAUGACACCGGGUUUCAUUGUGAGCUCAAUGUGCUUUCGUUGUGUGUGUACACACUUACGGUUCCAUCGGCGAGCACGACAGUGAGGUUGACGACCUGGUCCUUCAUGGUGCCGUAGCGGACGGCGUUGGUCCCGGAACAGCACGUCCCGCACAUGCCACCGAUGCUCGCACCUAAACACACACUCACACACAACACAAAAUCAAAUGCACACGGACGGCCAUUUCGCAUGUGGUGUGGUGUGGUGUGCUCACCCACCAGUGGGUGCCCCACUCAGUCACCCCCUGACUCACCCGGUCCAGGGUCGACUCCGAGGAACAUGCCGUAGGGCUCCAUGUACUCGUUGAGUUCCAUCCAGCCGACGCCGGGCUGCACGACGACGUCCAUGUCGUCCUGGUUGACCUUGAGGACCUGGUCCAUCUUGCGCAUGUCCAUCGUGAUGCCGCCGCGAGUGGGGAUGAUGUGGCCCUCCAGGGACGUGCCGCUGCCGUAGGGGACGAUUGGAAUCUUGUACCUGUUGCAGAUGGUGAGGAUCUUGGAGACCUCCUGGGUGCUCUCGGGCCACACGACGGCCUGGGGGUUGGAGCGGGCGGCGUAGCCGCUCACCUCCUUGCCGUACUCCUCGCACUCAUCCUCCUUGCAGCUGAUGCGGUCGUCACCCAGCAUACCAUGCAGCUCCUCAUAGGCCUGACACACACACAGACAGACAGACAGACAGGCAGGCAGGCAGACGGGUGGAUGAAUGAACGCAUCGAUGGAUGGAGGGAUGCGUGAGUGGAUGCGUCAUUUCGGCCCGGCCCAGUGCUCUCCGACCGCAGGGAACGCUUCAGUGAAUGGCAUCCUUUUGAGCGCCAGCUCGCUGCAGGUGGCGGACCGCCGCUGAGAUUGCGAGUAGUAGUACAGCCCCGUCGCAAGGGCUCCACCUCCCAAUGCAGCACCAAUCUGACACAACACGUGCGUCGACAGACAGACAGACCGACCGACAGACCGACAAACAGACCGACAUGCGUACCAACCAGCCUCAGGGGCAGCGUGCGUCCCUGCCCGCCCACCUGCAUGUGUCUUGACCUGUUGCCCUGCUGUGUCCUGCCGCCAUAGCUGCUGUCACCACCGCCACCCCCAGAGUGCUGGGAGGAUGCCGACUGCGUCGAAAUCGAGCGGGAGGGGGCGAGGCGCAGGGGACAAGAGACUGCCACGUGGUGCCGGCACCUACACACCAAAACACGAGAAGGGCAGCAGAGGGGAAAGGUCCGCUGACUCAGCUGAUGGCCUGACGCUUUGCCUGAUGAAUCCUUACACAGCAGAGGGAAGGAUGCCAGAGGCGCGCACAGUGAGGUUGCGAGUCAUCAUGACUAGCAGAGUCCACUCCCCAGGUUCAGCCUCCUCACUCCAG